AUGGCUCGCUCUAGGAAGUGCGAAUUCGCCACGACCAAACGCCCCCCCGGAGAGGGCGACGGACCUGCACAUAAAGGUUCUCGGUCUCAGGCGGUGAAUAUGGAUGACUUCCCAAUGUGGCCCACAACCGCCGCCCUCAGCUCUGAGUACACCCUUGGUAUCCACGUCUUCGCCACCGUCAUAGCUCGAUUCACCAAUGCCUCCAUUCGGAAUGGCAGCAGUCCCAACAGUCUCGCUCAUAUUCUCCGACACUUUGAGCACGCCGGCUGCAGGACUCUCUCCUCUUACACUGGGCAACGAAUCCUCCAUGAUGACGUCCCAUCGAUGCUCACCUCCUAUCCCUUCCUCAUGCAUGCCGUACUGGCAUUCUCCGCUUUUCACUUGCGAUAUCUUGCAGCUAAGCAUCACAAUCGUCUCAACGACACCUUCUACGGUCCUUUGACCCUAACAUCCUCCUACCAUAGCCAACGAGCCCUCGAACUCUAUGGUGAAUGCAUUCAAUCGUACCGCUCCAUCGACCCUUCCACGUCCGGCUCUGCCUUGGAAAUGGACGCCUUAUUCGCUGCCUGUAUAAUACUAACCUCCCUAUUCUAUCACUACGACAUCGACUUUCACUCUCACUCGCUCCAAUCCACCUCGACCAUCAUCUCCUGGACAAUAACCAACCCAAUCCCCAUCCCCUUUGGGACGCGGUUCAACCCUUGCUAUGACCCCCAAAAAACCAAUCACAACGUCGACUGGCUCAUCAACGUGACCGGCGUCUCGAUCUUACUGCAGCAGAUGCACUUUCAGGAGAACGUGUGGAAAAGCAAGUGGUUGCCGUUCUUUCUAGAGGCGAGCCCAGAGCAUGCCAGCGGGCCCGCCGCUGCAGACCACCACCAGUACGCCUUGCCUUAUCUCUACGCAUUCGUUCGCGAUUCCCCGCUCGCUUCUAUCUACGCCCCCGCCCUCACAGUCCUCCGACCUUUACUGUCAUUAGACCCUACCGACCUCUCCAACUUCAGUCCACUCAUCUCCCUCCCCGGUCGGUUGUCACCGCAUUUCAUCAACCUCAUGCGCCAGCAGGACCCUGCCGCGGUGUUGCUCCUAGGAUACUGGUUCGGGAUCUUGGAGCGGGUGCCGCAUUGGUGGUGCAGCGAACGGGGGAAGGUGGAGGUGGAGGCGGUGCUAGGAUUUCUGGAGAGGGUCGUGGAGAGGUGGGAGAGCGAGGCGCAGAAGUUGUGGGACGGGGUGAGAAAGUUGCGGAGGGCUGUUGAGGAGUUUAGGUGGUGGAGGGACAGACAAAGAUGA